UUAUUUGAAACUCAGAGAGUUCGUCACGGCAUCAUGACCCUUGGCCCCAGUGGCACGGGAAAGACUUGCUGUAUUCGUGUGCUGAUGAGUUCACUCAAAGACCUCGGUGCACCUCACAAGGAGAUGCGAAUGAAUCCAAAAGCCAUCACUGCUCCCCAGAUGUUUGGUCGUCUGGAUGCAGCUACCAAUGACUGGACUGACGGCAUUUUUUCCACUUUGUGGAGAAGAACCUUGAAAGUUAAAAAAG